AUGAAGAAUGAACUCAUGCGGAAAGUGCAGGAAGAUAAUAGCAGGAGGUGGAACAGACAAAGAAAAUGGCGAGUGAGUGUAAAUUGCUUGCUUAAUUUUCUCUCUUUUUCUCAUUCUCUCUCACUCUCUUUCUCUCAGUCUCUGUAUCUGUCUCUCUCUAUCUAUCUAUCUAUCUAUCUAUCUAUCUGUCACUCUCUGUCGCCCUCUGUCUUCCUCUCUCUUUGUUUUGCCCCCUUUUCUGUAUCUCUCUCUCUUUCUUUCCCUCUUUCUUUAGCUUUCGACUUCUCUUUCUUUCACUUUCUCUAUUACUCUUUAUCUCUCUUUUUAUAUCUUUCGUUCUUUCUCUCUUUUUUCCUCUCCAGUUUUGACUGCUCAGAGUAUAUUUCUCCCUACUAUAAUCUAUAUUUCUCUCCCUCUCUCUUACUGACUUUUUCUUUAUCUUUCUCACUCAUUUCUUUCUCUCUCUCUCUCUCUCUCUCUCUCUCUCUCUCUCUCUCUCAUUCUUCCUUCUGGACUUUUUCUAUCGCUCUCUCUUACGCUCUUACUCUCUUUAUCAUUCUUUUUCGGUCUGUCUGCCUCUCUUUCGUUCUGCCGUUUUUAUCUUUCUCUCUCUUGAUAUUUCUUUCUCUUUUUCGUUAG